AUGAAUCGGAAGCCUCCAGUUUCACCGGAAACUGCACUCGCGAGCGAUGUUUUCGAUCAAUUUUGCGCUGCGACAACGCUCAAAUCCAUUUUAUAUCAUCAUCGACACCUCUGUGAUAUCCUUAAAAUCAAGCCGACGAAUUUUCUGCAGUUUUAUCCAAAGUUAAAAGCGAAAUUAGGGAGCUGGAAGGCUCAGGCUCUUUGGAACAAGUUCGACAAACGAGCUAGUCACAAAUGUUACAACAGAGGGAAAGCUUGCUCUCAAAAUAAGGUACUUAUCAUCGGUGCCGGACCGUGCGGAUUAAGAGCGGCCAUAGAAGCUCAAUUGUUGGGUGCCAGAGUUGUGGUCCUCGAGAAAAGAGAUCGAAUAACGCGUAACAACGUCCUUCAUUUGUGGCCAUUCGUUAUACAAGAUCUCAGAGGAUUGGGUGCCAAGAAAUUUUUUGGCAAAUUUUGCGCGGGAGCCAUCGAUCACAUCAGUAUUAGGCAAUUGCAAUUUAUUUUGCUCAAAGUUGCUUUGAUUCUCGGAGUUGAAAUUCACGAGGGCGUCGCUUUUGAUUCUUUGAUUCCUCCUCCAGCAAAUCAAGAUACGGAAAAAACGGGAUGGAAAGCGUUAGUUACCCCAUCGGAUCAUCCCGUGUCGCAAUACGAAUUCGACGUUCUCAUCGGAGCCGAUGGAAAAAGGAACACAUUGGAAGGAUUUAAAAGGAAAGAAUUUCGUGGAAAACUGGCAAUAGCCAUCACUGCCAAUUUUAUCAAUAGAAGAACCGAAGCCGAGGCCAGAGUCCAGGAAAUAUCAGGGGUCGCUUUUAUUUUCAAUCAGAAAUUUUUUAAAGAUUUAUAUUCGGAUACUGGAAUAGAUUUGGAAAAUAUUGUUUAUUACAAAGAUGACACUCAUUAUUUUGUCAUGACUGCCAAAAAGCAUAGUUUAAUCGAUAAGGGAGUCAUUUUACAGGAUUAUACGGAUACUGCCAGAUUGUUGGAUCCUGCCAAUGUUGAUAAAGAAGCAUUGUUGAAAUAUGCCAAAGAAGCCGCAGAUUUUUCUACGAAUUAUUUGUUGCCGGAUUUGGAUUUUGCCGUGAAUCAUCACGGUCAACCCGAUGUCGCCAUGUUCGAUUUCACGUCCAUGUACGCAGCCGAAAACGCAUCGAGAAUAAUUGAAAAAAACGGGCAUAAAUUGCUUCAGUUAUUGGUUGGCGAUAGUUUAUUAGAGCCUUUUUGGCCUACCGGGUCCGGAUGCGCGAGAGGAUUUUUAUCUUGCAUGGAUGCUUGUUGGGUUAUAAAAAAUUGGGCUGUGAACGGAGCCAUAAAUCCGUUGGAAGUUUUAGCGGAAAGAGAAUCGAUUUACAGAUUACUCGGACAAACGACUCCGGAAAAUUUGCAAAAAGAUCCACUAACUUACACGCUCGAUCCCCACACUAGGUACCCUAAUUUAAAUAGUAGGUCCGUUCUUCCUCUUCAAGUUAGAAAUUUAUUCGAAACGGAUGAUCCGGCUAGCAUGGAAUUAGCAAUAGCUCCGACAACAACACAAGAAGUGCCAAAGAAAAAAAGAAAAAAAGACUCUCAAGUUCAUCCCGAUACUCUGUUGUUGUGGAUAAAACGACAAGUUUGUAUGCACCCAGAGUUACACGUGGAAAACAUGACGUAUUCUUUCAAAGAUGGUUUGAUUCUUUGUGCAAUCAUCAGUCGGUACAGGCCCGAUUUGUUAGAUUAUAGUACGUUACGGGUCGAAGAAACGGCUGCAAACAACCAAAGAGCUUUCGAUAUAUUAGAAAAAGAAUUAGGCAUACCUCCGGUCAUGACGGGUGAAGAAAUGGCAGAGUGCGAAUGUCCCGACAGACUAACCAUGCUCUCGUACCUGUCGCAAGUCUACGAUUCGUUCAGAGGAGAAAUCCCUCACGUUGCUCACGACAAACGAGUUCCGGAUUCGGAAGAAACGGAAGAUGAUUACGCCAUUGCGAAUCAAUUGAAAACGAAAUUGCCGAGGAAUUCGACGGGGAGAAAAAGGCACUCGGGUGAAAACGUCGGAAGAGGGGAUGCUUCUCUACGGCGAAGCAGAAAGAGAAGAAGCGGAGGAGAUAAAUUGCCUUUUAACGACGAAGAAAGGCAAAAGAGAUUAGAAGAAAUCGAACAGAAUAGACGAGAUCGACAAGAGCGUCGAAGAUUUCUUCGUCGAAUGCAAACGGAACAAUUUAAAAAAAGUUUAGCCAUGAUGGAGUGUAAUCAAUGGGUACCGGAAGACGAAGAAGAUAAAGAAUUCGAAGAUUAUUCUUUGUACGUGUACAGGCAAACGGCUCCGGAGUUUCAUAACAGAGUCAAAGAAUUAGAAAUGAAACUUUUAUAUCCAGUAAGGAAGGAUCUCGCGUCGCGUGUUGUUACAUUUCCCAAUUUUCAAUUAACCAUUUCCGUUUGA